UCAGUUGUGGGUAACUUGGGCUUGAUCAUCCUCACCAAGAUAGACUCUAGGCUGCAUACACCCAUGUACUUUUUCCUAAGACAUCUGGCGUUCACUGAUCUUGGUUAUUCAACAGCUGUGGGACCCAAAAUGCUAGCAGAUUUUGGCAGAGAUCAACGUACAAUCUCCUAUAAUUGGUGUGCUACCCAACUCACUUUCUUCAGUAUGUUCAUCAUUAGUGAAAUUUUCAUUCUGUUGGCAAUGGCCUAUGACCGCUACGUGGCCAUCUGUAACCCUUUGCUUUACACAGUUAUCAUGUCACAAAGGUUAUGUCAAGUGCUAGUGGCAGUGCCUUAUCUCUACAGUGUCUUUUUGUCUUUGCUGACUAUCACAAAAAUUUUUACUUCAUUGUUUUGUGGCCAUAAUGUCAUCAGGCAUUUCUACUGUGACAGCCUGCCCUUGAUAUCUUUGUUGUGCUCAGACACACGUGAAAUUAAAUUGAUAAUUCUGAUCUUCUCAGUUUUUAAUUUGGUUUCAUCUCUUCUGAUAGUCCUUGUGUCGUACAUUCUGAUCCUUGUCACCGUACUCAGGAUGAAUUCUGCAGAAGGCAGGUACAAGGCCUUCUCCACCUGUGGCUCUCACCUGACAGUGAUAAUUGUAUUCUAUGGGACUCUAUUCUUUAUGUAUGUGCACCCUAAAUCCAGUCAUUCCUUUGAUACUGAUAAAACGGCCUCUUUAUUUUACACUUUGGUAAUACCCAUGCUGAAUCCCAUGAUCUAUAGUUUGAGGAACAAAGAUGUGAAAAAUGCCCUGUAUAGAACCUGGAAAAUGUGUACAAAUAUGCUAUUUAAAAUUAAUUGUAGGAUAUGGUAA